UAUGCACAUGCAUUUAACGUGGCUCUCCUUUUCUCUUAAAGCGUUAAGAAGACUCUUACAACAUUAAAUCGGAUUCUGUCAGACUGGCACCCGCUGAAAGCGACCCACCGUACUCAAUGCAGUAACUGCAAACGUAGCAACCAGAGAAGGCGAAUGGUACUUGAGCGGUUAUCUUCAGUGUUUGCUCUUCACUUUGUGGAGGGUGUCCCAAGAAAAGACAUCUCUAAAUACUCAUUUGAGUUUGAGGGAACACACUACAAUGUUAGCACUGCCAUUCAGUACAAUAAAGAACUUAAGCACUUUGUCACGUGGAUCCGCCAGAGUAAUGGAUCAUGGCUGGAACUUGAUGACUUGAAAUACCCUAACACGAUCACUCAUGAAAGGUUAACAUUCCGUGCCAAGGAAACCACAUCGUUUUUUGGAGGCAGAGUCCAAUGCCGCAACCGAGGCAACACAUCUUCCAGUUCCACAGUGCUCAGCUAUCGUGCCCGCUGUCCCCCAAUCUUCCAGUAG